CGAAACUGGAACAAAAACAAGUGUCAAAGUGCACACAUUCACGCCGGGCUCUCGGGACUCAUUUUUAGCUUUUAAAUCGCCAAACAACUUUAACUAUAUGGGGGACGAGGAGGCGACGCGCGUCUGUGCUCGAUGUAAAAGAGAGGUAGCAGAGGCCAACUUCGCCCUACACGAGACUCACUGCAGCCGCUUCCUGGUCCUCUGUCCUGACUGUGGGGAGAAUGUGCCCCGCUCUGAUCUGCAGCAGCACAAACAGGAGCAGCACACACAGGUGAGAUGCCUCAAAUGCCAGAAGAAGAUGGAACGAUGCCUCCUUCCUGAACAUGAGGAGGAGGAGUGUCCUGCACGGGUGGAGGCCUGUGCCUUCUGUGAGCUGGAAAUGCCCUUUGUUCAGCUGCAGGAGCACAUUGUGGCCUGCGGGAGUCGCACUGAGCGGUGUCUAGACUGUGGGCAAUAUGUGAAACUGUCAGACCAAGAAGAGCACAACAGAGUAUGCUCAGAACAGGACCUGUACAAUGAACCCUCCAGCCCACCCAAAGGAACCAGCGCGAAUGUCAAGACUACCACUCCUACCACAACUACUACAGCAUCAAAACCAGAUGUGCAGUGUAAAGUCUGCAUGUUAACUUUUUCCGCCAAUGAGAUCCAGAGACAUAUGACGAGGUGCACUGCUGCCCCCAAGUGUGAAUCUGAGGACUCAGAUUCAGACUCAGACUACAGCUACCAGGCCUCAGGAGUGGACUUACUCAGUCCUCGUUUCAAAAUCAUUGAAUUCCGCCAAACUAACGGACAAAUUAACAAAGAAGAGCAGAAAAGAGAAGCCUCUCAAAAUGAAGAUAAUGAUCCCAAUGAGCUCAGCAUCUGCCCCCACUGUCAGCUGGUACUGCCCUGGAGCACACUGCGCUGGCACGUUAACAAAUGUAAAGUGCACAUUCACCUCAAACACAGAGAGGCUGCUGUCUAGAAUCUGGGAUGAGGCUUUUUCACAUAAAUGCCUUAAACUGGUUUGCCUUGUUACAGUGAUCUUUUCUUUCAGUAGUUGGUUUACAUCAUGUUUUGCAUUAAAAAGUAGAAAGGUUUGUACAUGAUCAAAUUGAUUUCAUGUUACUUUAAAAGAUAUAUAUAGAAAGAUUAUAUUUUUGUGUCCAGUAUCAGGGUAGACUUUAUGGAGACCAUGACAGAAACAUGUUGUUAUGAUAGAAAAUUUCCAAACUUGAUUUUGCUUUGGUAUAAAUAAAUAGUUCAAAUUAAGUUCUUUCAUUUUUUUUUUUUUUGUUGUUUGUUGUUUUUACCACCCUAUAACUGACUGGCAUCAUAAUUGAAAGCAAUUAUAGUUUAAAAGGUUAAUGAAUGUAACACUGAGAUGUUGACAGAUCUAUGCACUGGUAGCUGUGGUAAUACCAGGGCCUUUAAAUGAAGAUGUAUGCAUUAGUAGUCUGUAAAUAGAAAGAAGUGGAAAUAAAUAAACAAAACCAUGACUCAGGACUGUUCAGAAUGUAUUUUAUGCAAGCUGUGUAUGUGCUUGAAAUCAGGUAAAGGAACUGGCCAAGGUUUGGAAAAUGGGUUCAUACAAAAAUUUCAAACACAAAAGGUUUAAACUAGUAUUUUGAAUAAAUGACAUAAUGAUAUACUGGUUUAAUAAAGUACAUUUUUGGAUAUAAUGUUGUGAAAAGUAAUUAUUUUAUUGGAACAAUUCAAAAAUA